CACCAUGGAACGGUGGCACCUGCCCAGGCCAGGCUCAUCUGGUCUCACAGGGGCAGGCGAAGCCUCUCCAAGAUGGGGCCAGGGUGGGACCUGUGCCCUCCUCUGUCCGCAGCCGCCCUGGGCACGCUGGACUUCAGCCUGCUGUAUGACCAGGAGAACAACGCCCUCCACUGCACCAUCACCAAGGCCAAGGGCCUGAAGCCAAUGGACCACAAUGGGCUGGCAGACCCCUACGUCAAGCUGCACCUGCUGCCAGGAGCCAGUAAGGCAAAUAAGCUCAGAACAAAAACUCUCCGUAACACUCUGAACCCCACAUGGAACGAGACCCUCACUUACUACGGGAUCACAGAUGAAGACAUGAUCCGCAAGACCCUGCGGAUCUCUGUGUGUGACGAGGACAAAUUCCGGCACAAUGAGUUCAUCGGGGAGACACGUGUGCCCCUGAAGAAGCUGAAACCCAACCACACCAAGACCUUCAGCAUCUGCCUGGAGAAGCCGCUGCCGGUGGACAAGACCGAAGACAAGUCCCUGGAGGAGCGGGGCCGCAUCCUCAUCUCCCUCAAGUACAGCUCGCAGAAGCAGGGCCUGCUGGUAGGCGUCGUGCAGUGCACCCACCUGGCCGCCAUGGACGCCAAUGGCUACUCGGACCCCUACGUGAAAACAUACCUGAGGCCAGAUGUGGACAAGAAAUCCAAACAUAAGACAGCGGUGAAGAAAAAAACCCUGAACCUGGAGUUUAAUGAGGAGUUCUGUUACGAGAUCAAGCAUGGGGACCUGGCCAAGAAGUCCCUGGAGGUCACCGUUUGGGAUUACGACAUUGGAAAAUCCAACGAUUUCAUUGGUGGUGUGGUUCUGGGCAUCCACGCCAAGGGGGAGCGCCUGAAGCACUGGUUUGACUGCCUGAAGAACAAGGACAAGCGCAUCGAGCCCUGGCACACGCUCACCAGCGAGCUCCCAGGGGCCGUGCUCAGCGACUGAUGCCCACCCGCCACUGCUACCCCGGCCGCCACCUGC